UUGUUAGCACUCGUGAGAUUAUCGCCAUCUUGUUGUAACUUUGAGUUUGAUUCUUUGUAUUUUGAUGUUACAAUUUUUGGUUAUAUUUUGUCGCUAACGUUAGUUCUGUAUUCUUUUUGUGUCGUUAAAUUUCGUGCUGUUAUAAAUAAUUCAAAGUUCAUUCUUUCUCGCGCAGUGUUACGUGAUAUACUUCAUAUUUCGCUUCAAUAUUGAAUGUUGAGUACGUGAUAACGUAACUUGAAAGUGAAGCAGUUUCCGUUCUUGAACUCCGUGUAAUAAAGAUUCGUUUAUUUGUAAAUUCGCUGCAACUAAAUAACCAUUAUGACAACCGAUAUAAAUAUGAGUUUGGACGAUAUUAUCAAAAAGAAUAGAUCGGCCAAAGGUUUUAAUGCUAGUAAAAAGAAGCCAACUCUACGCCGGAACAAUCAGAAUCCCCGAUCAGUUCCUGGAAAUCAAUCAGGCGGCGGUGGCGGAUUCAAUGGGCCUAGAUUUCGAAAUAAUAGUCGUACUCGAAGCACAGCACGUUUUUCACCUUACAAACGAGGAGAUAUCGAUAGACCUUGGUCGCACGACUUGUAUGAAGACAGCUACAUCGCUAAACAAAGAAUUGGUUCCUCCGAAGGAACAAAAAUCAUAAUUUCUAACUUGGAAUUCGGCGUCACUGACUCAGAUUUGGAGGAAUUGUUCAUGGAAGUUGGACCGUUGAUCUCUAGUGAAAUACAUUACGACAAAUCUGGUCGAUCGAUAGGAUCCGGUAGUGUUGUAUUCGAGGAGAGGACCGACGCGAUACGCGCUAUUAAUCAGUACAAUGGAAUUCCUUUGGAUGGUCGUCCAAUGGAAAUUGAAAUUGCCUCGCCGGCUCCAAACCGCUUAGUUGAAAACAGAAGAAUUGGAAAUUUUAGAAAUAAUAGGCGGAUGGGCGGUGGUAAUAACGCUGUCGGUGGAAGAAGACGUUUUAAUCCAAGCGGGAACCGAGGAGGUGGCGGCAAAAUGAUGGGUAAUCGUAGAAGAAAUACUGCCAACAUCAGCGCUGAACAACUCGACGCAGAAUUGGACGAAUACCGCGCGAAAGCUGUUUGAUAAUGAUCAUCUGUGAAUAUUUUGAACUUGCGGCAAAUGCGUUAUGAGUAAAAAUGUUAGUAAAUUGACGUUUCCACUGGUAUUCGUGUGAGCUGUGUAAUAUUGAAACCAUACUACGAACAUGGAACGUUCAAGUGUGUAUUUCAUUUUGUACAAAUGAUACGAAACACUGUGUAAUUUAUUAAAUGUAAUGUUAAAAAUAUAUGUUAAUUUGUACCUUUAUGAAAAUAAUGACUUUAUCACAGUGUGCUGUUACUAAAUUAGUUGAUAAAAAGAAUUCUAUUUAUGUACGAUUGAUUCGUUUUCUCAUUCAACGUCACUCCGACUGUUGACAACAAAUACAUCCGAUUUCAAAACCA